UCAUACCAUUUUCAAAAUCCUACGUUCAUCUUCUUCUUCUUCUACCUUUUCGUUUUUGUUUUUAAAUAAUUCGCCAACUUCGAUUCCAGAAACUCGCCAAGAACUGGAUACUCUGGCGGAAUCAGAGAUCAAGAACCGAGACGUGGUUCUGAAACUGUAUGAAGCCCUGAGAUCUCGCGACGUCGACUCUGUUCACCGGAUCCUAACCCCAGAUCUGGAGUAUUGGUUCCACGGCCCUCCGCCGCACCAGUUUUUGAUGCGCAUGCUCACCGGAGGUGUCUCUCCCUCGUUCGAGUUCGUUCCUCUCUCCGUCGUUUCGUUCGGAUCCACCGUAAUCGCUGAAGGCUGCGACGCCGCUACCUCUGUCUCUUGGAUCCACGCUUGGACCGUAGCGAAUGGGAUAAUCACUCAGGUGAGGGAGUACUCUAACACUUCUCUCACCGUCACGCGGAUUGGUAACGUUGUCGCUGGACGACGCUCCGCUGAGAUUGCUCCGUCGCAUUGUCCCUCCGUGUGGGAAAGCCAAUUCUCGGGUCGGUCUGGUAAAUCCGUACCCGGUUUGGUUCUUGCUAUUUGAAGGAAUUUGGUAAAGUAACAGCCACGUCAGAUUAUAUAACUAAAUAAAGGCUGGUUACGUGUCGUUGUGUGAUUGGUUUGUUUGUUUUAUGGGUUGAAAAAUAUUUGGUUGCUGUUUUAAACGCGGUGUGUGCGUUUGAAAGCUAACGCUGCGUUUUUGGCUGUCGCUAGUUCUUUUAAAAUUUGUGUGCUUUUGUAUCUUUUUAGUGGGAACAAGAAUGGGGAAACCCGAAUGGACUUGUUGUCCCGUUGUGUCUGAUGUAACGUUUGGGUAUGUUAUAAUCGAAAUAAAAAUGUGCUUUUGGGAUCUUU